UAAUGCCAGAAUCUGAUUUUUUUUGGCAGUGCUACAAAAUGUCUCUCAAGGAAAAGCUGAUUGAAAAUGUUCACAAAGAGGAGCAGCCCCAUGCCCAUAACAAGAUCACUGUGGUUGGUGUUGGUGCAGUUGGCAUGGCUUGUGCCAUAAGCAUUUUGAUGAAGGAUUUGACUGAUGAACUUGCCCUCGUUGAUGUAAUUGAGGACAAACUGAAGGGAGAGAUGCUGGAUCUUCAACAUGGCAGCCUCUUCCUCAGGACACCAAAGAUUGUCUCUGGCAAAGACUAUGCUGUAACUGCACACUCUAAACUGGUCAUCAUCACUGCUGGAGCUCGCCAACAAGAAGGAGAAUCUCGCCUGAACCUGGUCCAGCGCAAUGUGAACAUCUUCAAAUUUAUCAUUCCUAAUGUUGUCAAGUAUAGUCCUGACUGCAAGCUGCUUGUAGUUUCAAACCCAGUGGAUAUUCUGACCUAUGUGGCAUGGAAGAUAAGUGGCUUUCCUAAGCACCGUGUUAUUGGAAGUGGUUGCAAUCUGGACUCUGCUCGCUUCCGCCACCUCAUGGGUGAGAGGCUAAAUAUUCACCCUCUCAGCUGCCAUGGCUGGAUUGUUGGAGAGCACGGAGACUCCAGUGUGCCUGUCUGGAGUGGUGUGAAUGUGGCUGGUGUUUCCCUGAAAGCUUUACAUCCUGACCUGGGAACUGAUGGAGACAAAGAAAACUGGAAAGAGGUCCACAAACAAGUGGUAGACAGCGCUUAUGAGGUUAUUAAGCUGAAGGGCUACACAUCUUGGGCAAUUGGUCUUUCUGUGGCAGAUCUAGCUGAAACCAUCAUGAAGAAUUUAAGAAGAGUGCACCCAAUCUCUACAAUGGUGAAGGGCAUGCAUGGAGUUAAAGAUGACGUCUUCCUAAGUGUUCCUUGUGUCCUGGGUUACACAGGCAUUACAGAUGUGGUGAAAAUGACUUUGAAGGCUGAGGAGGAAGAUAAGCUGAGGAAGAGUGCAGAUACACUCUGGGGAAUUCAGAAGGAACUUCAAUUUUAAGCCUGUUACCCUAUCCCUUCACUGGUUAUUAGUGUCAGUGAGUCUUAGAGGACUAUAUUGUUGUACUUUCACUUAUGCCAGUUCCCUUAUUAUGUCAGUUCCUUUAUCAGCUAGAAACACAUACAGAACUAAAAUUAUGAACAAAAUUAUUUCCUACACACUAGGGCAACUUUAGACCCAGCAUGACCUGAAAUAGCACUGCCGAAUGAAACUCUUCUGCCUUUCCUCAGCUAAAUUUAAUUUCACUGCCAAAGAAUUAGUAACUGGUCUUCAAAAACUGCAAAACCAAAGGAUCAGCAAAUAACUGACCUGUACUGUUUGCUGACCAAUGACUUAAAUCACCACUACUGAGCAGCUCUAAAUGUAUUCCACCCCCACACUACUCCAGUAAUAGUGUUGUAACCAUCAAGUAAAGCCUCUGUAUGCAACAAUUAAAUGCUGCUAUUGUCCAACUGUAGUACCAGCCCUAAAAAAACAAAAUAAAACAUUGAACUGCUA